GCGAGCUCCCUAGGCGUGCCGUUCCGUCGUUGGGGCUGACCUCGGUUCUGCUCGGUGGGCGAUUGGCGGGCUGUGAGCGCCAUGUUUCUCGCCGGCGGUGGACGGCCGAGGGGGCGCGCCCUGUUCUGGCUAAACUAGAAUUUACUGCCUUUCAGGACUUCCGUCAAAAACGGCGCCUCAACGUUUGGGAAAUAGGAGGAAAUGGACUCCUAAUGGACCGAAACACAAGAAUCAGACCCUGGGGGCUUUGCUGGCAAACAGCUGGGACUCAAGACAGUUUUGCUAAGUGAAUGAAUGAAUCAGUCUACCUCUCUUCAGUGCUGCACAACACAGCAGAAACCUAGCUCAGUUUCCAGAGCCACACCUGGGCCGGUGGUACUUUAUCGCAGGGGCAGCUCCCACCAAGGAGGAACUGGCGACUUUUGACCCUGUGGACAACAUUGUUUUCAACAUGGCUACAGGCUCUGCCCCCAACCAGCUCCAGCUUCGUGCUACCAUCCGCACGAAAAAUGGGCUGUGUGUGCCCCGGAAAUGGAUCUACCACCUGACCGAGGAGAGCACAGAUCUCAGAACUGAAGGGCGCCCAGACAUGAAGACCAAGCUCUUCUCCAGCUCAUGCCCAGGUGGAAUCAUGCUGAAAGAGUCAGGCCAAGGCUAUCAGCGCUUCCUCCUCUAUAAUCGCUCACCACACCCUCCUGAGAAGUGUGUGGAGGAAUUCCAGUCCCUGACCUCCUGUCUGGACUCCAAGGCCUUCUUACUGACUCCCAGGAAUCAAGAGGCCUGCGAGUUAUACAGUAACUGACCUGUGGCUUCAUCUGUGCCCCAGAUGGAUAUGAUAGGAGCUGCCAUUGUGUUGCAGGGAGGAGAAGCUGGAGACUCCCAACUCCGUUUCGAGAGUAAUAAAGAUGGUUUUUCAAUCCUCA